ACUGAAGCUCAACACUAAGAGCGCGCACACGCAGUUCCCUCUUCCUCAAUCUCCCUGUCUUCGAUCCAUCAAUUUGCUCUUUGUGAUUUGGUAUUACUUAACAUGGCGGUUGAAUCGACUCUGUCAUCCCCGUUGGGCCCACCCGCUUGCGAGAAGGAUGUAAUGGCUCUCCAAUUCAUCGAAGAGAUGACCAGGAACGUGGAUGCAGUGCAAGAGAGGGUCCUUGCAGAGAUACUUAGCAGGAACUCGGAUACCGAGUACCUGAGGCGGUUCAGGCUCAAGGGGGCCACGGACCGCGACACGUUCAAGGCCUUCGUCCCAGUGGUCACUUACGAGGAUCUCCAGCCCGAUAUCCAACGCAUAGCCAACGGGGAUCGCUCGAACAUCUUCUCGUCCCACCCCAUCUCUGAGUUUCUCACGAGUUCUGGGACUUCGGCUGGGGAGAGAAAGUUGAUGCCUACAAUUCAUGAAGAGUUGGACCGUCGCCAGCAAUUGUACACCCUCCUCAUGCCCGUCAUGAACCUGUACGUUCCUGGCUUAGACAAAGGCAAGGGGCUCUAUUUCUUGUUUGUGAAGGCAGAGAUGAAAACGCCGGGAGGUCUUGUGGCUCGUCCCGUGCUCACUAGCUACUACAAGAGCGACCACUUCAAGACCCGUCCCUACGACCCCUACAAUGUCUACACCAGCCCGAACGAGGCCAUUCUAUGCGCUGACUCCUUCCAGAGCAUGUACACCCAAAUGUUGUGUGGCUUGAUCAUGCGGGAAGAAGUCCUUCGAGUCGGCGCCGUGUUUGCCUCGGGCCUUCUCAGGGCUAUAAGGUUCCUCCAACUCAACUGGCAGGAGCUGGCCCACGACAUCUCGACCGGUGCCCUGAACGUUAAAGUCACUGACCCUUCGAUCAGGGAGUGCAUGUCCAAGAUCCUUAAACCGAAUCCCGAGUUGGCGAAUUUCAUCAUGAAGGAAUGUUUGAAGGACGAUUGGGAAGGGAUCAUCACAAGGAUUUGGCCCAACAGCAAGUACUUGGAUGUGAUUGUGACUGGCGCUAUGGCUCAAUACAUUCCCACACUUGAUUACUACAGUGGCGGGUUGCCAUUAGCUUGCACCAUGUAUGCAUCGUCAGAGUGCUACUUUGGCCUUAACCUAAAGCCGAUGUCCAAACCCUCGGAAGUUUCAUACACCAUCAUGCCAAACAUGGCAUACUUCGAGUUCAUGCCUCAUGACCCUUCAACACCACUGCCUUCACGUGAUUCGCCUCCUCGCCUAGUAGACCUCGCCGACGUAGAACUUGGAAAGGAGUACGAGCUUGUCAUAACAACCUAUUCCGGAUUGUGCCGGUACAGGGUUGGGGAUAUCCUAAGGGUCUCCGGCUUCCACAACGCUGCCCCGCAAUUUAACUUUGUCAGGAGGAAGAAUGUCCUCCUCAGCAUCGACUCAGACAAGACUGAUGAGGCCGAGCUUCAAAAGGCCAUUGACAAUGCCUCAGGGUUCCUCCACGAUUUCAACACAAGCAUCGUGGAGUACACAAGCUUCGCGGACACAAAGACAAUCCCAGGGCACUACGUGAUUUACUGGGAACUUUUGGUCAAAGACCCGAAAAAUGCACCGUCACCCGACGUCCUAAACCAGUGUUGUCUCACCAUGGAGGAAGCACUGAACUCAGUGUAUAGACAAGGCCGGGUGGCAGAUAAUUCGAUCGGACCGCUAGAGAUCAGGGUGGUGAAGAAUGGCACGUUCGAGGAGCUCAUGGACUAUGCCAUCUCCAGGGGUGCUUCCAUCAAUCAGUAUAAGGUGCCGAGGUGCGUGAAUUUCACCCCUAUCGUGGAACUUCUCGACUCGAGAUUGGUCUCUGCCCAUUUCAGUCCGUCCUUGCCACACUGGAUCCCAGAGGGACGCAAAACACUGAGCUAGCUAAUGCCCAGCUAGCUCCAAACACAUAUGUGCAGGUCGACGUGAAGCUAUAUACCAUUUGGACCAACCCAACAUGAUCAACUACGAAGUUCCACGUCGAUUUGAUAAUUGUAGGGUCCAUCUAUAUGGUACACUGUUAUUAUUUCCAAGGGCAUGACAAUGGCCAAUGACUACGCACAUGAUCGAUGCUUUGGCUACCAACCAGAAAAGGCGUUGCAUGGAAGAUGAGUCCACUGGAUGUCGAGCUUUCCUCUCGUCUUUACCUUAGUCUUUGGUCGAUUUAUAGCUUUUAAAAGUGUCUUUCUUUUAGGUUCCUUUUGACAUUUCAAGUGUGUUUGUUGGUGUAAUAAGUUCAAAUAAUCCAUUAAUUCUUCUAGUGUUAAUUGCAUAUCGGUCGUUGUCGUU